AUGCCGCCUCACCCCCUCGAACUGCCCCCAACCCUCUCCCCAGACGCCCUCGACACCCUCACCGAACUGACAGGCAUCCUCACCCGCCUCCGAACCGCAAUCCAAACCUCGGGCUCCUCCUCCGUCGUCGGCGGCCUCACCACAGGCGCAACCCCAGCCGGCACCGGCCCCGGCGCGACCCCCAACCCCCUUGGUUCCGCCGCCAGCCCCAACGCGCCGCUGUCCCUGAAGGACGUCCCCGCGCAGACCGAUGCCCUGAAGCAUAAGCUGCAGCGCGCCCGUACGCAGAUGCGCACGCUCCCGGAUAUGGAGCGCACAGUCGACGAGCAGGAGGAGGAGAUUAAAGAGCUCGAGGAGAGGAUACGGAUGCAGCGCGAGGUGCUGGAUCGGUUACGGCACGCGGGGGUCAAGUUUGGGCAUGAGGAGGGGGGACGGGGGGAUAAGAUGGAGACGGAGUGA